AUGAAAUUGGAUGGCUUCCAGGAUAUAGAGAACAGGGAGAUGGAACAAGAGACCCUGAGGCUGGAGUGCCGUGGUGGAUUUUGGAAAAGAUUUGGAGGGCAAACAACAAUUGAUUAUUGGCUUGGUGAUGCAGGGUCCUCUGGAAUUAAUUUCUUCACUGCCUUUUCACGGUGGAAUUCUGAAGGUAUGGUAGUGUUCUGUGUAAAUGGAGUCUUCUUCCGUGUUCAGUUUACCAGUAUUGAUGGUAACAUUAUCAAAGUCAAAAGGGCCGUGGCCGUGGAGCAAGUCGGGGUGGAGCCGCUGGUGCAGCUCCCAGAGCCGGGUUUGAAUGCUACAGUAUCCAAGGAAGUAGAAUUUGGAGUAUGCACAGUUACAUGUGGUAUUGGCAUUCGAGAAGUUAUAUUAACCAAUGGGUGCCCUGGAAGUGAAACAAAAUGCAUUGUACGUGUAGAGGAGUGCAGAGGACCAGUAGAUUGUGGGUGGGGUAGACCAAUUUCUGAAAGCCUUGCUAGUGUGAAGAUCCCAUGUAUUUUUAUACCUCCAGAGAAUCGAUUUACAUAUGUUUGGAAAAUGUUAAUUCCAGACCAGCAAUCACUCAUUCUUCCUAAUGAUUCGGCUAUUCUGGAGGUGCACAGGGAUACCCAUCCAGUAGCUUUCCAGUGUGAUACAAGAGAAAAUAAUGAGUUAAUUGCCUCUGUAAAAUAUACAGUAUAUACAACUGCUGAACUGGAAACAAGACGAUUAAGAAGACCAGACACUGAUAUAGUUCUGGUGUUUGUUCUGAUAACUGGAGUUAUUGUUUGUGUUGGAGUGAUCUUUGCGUUAAUCUUCGUAAUUCUUCACUGGGGAGCUGUAAAAGCAUUCUGGGCCUCAAAAAUUGGUAAGGGCUCCAGAGAAGAACAAUCAAGCUCUCAAGGUUCAAUGAGAACCAUAGAAGACUCAUCAGGACCAGGCUCUGUAUUGCCAUUAGGAUCUGUAGUGGCAUCAGGAUCAAGAAUAGCAUCAGCAUCUGUGUUAGCAUCAGGAUCAAGAUUAGCAUCAGGAUCAAGAUUAGCAUCAGGAUCAAGAAUAGCAUCAGGAUCUGCAUUAGCAUCAGCACCAACACCAACACCAUCACCGUCACAGAUAGAUACUACUGGACAAGAGGAGGAGCAUUUCCCAGAAUGGAACAAUGAAGAAGAGAAUUAGAAAAAUGAGGCUGGAAUAUAUAAAAAGAUUAUCUAAAAAAGAUGAUAAUAAAGUAUGUUUAA